UACUGUCAAUUCAUUCAUACUCCAUGCCCUCUAUGCUUUCAGUGACUCUGUAUAGAUCCUGCCAUUGGACAGCGCCACGAGAAGCAGAAGUUAAAUUGUUUCCUCGUCGAGACGGUCACAGCCGUAUUCACCAUUAGAACAACAGUUAUAAAAACAACACAUCAGCUAACCAACAGCAAUGGCAGAGGACCCGACGGAGACACAGAAAACGCAUCAUGUGCUAGACAGAAGUCAACAGCCUCAUCAUUGUGCGAUUGAGGAGUAUGCCACCCAUCACCUCAAUUCCCAAAGCCCUAGGCUGAACGAUCAGCUUAAGUUCGCCCUGGAUAAUUGCAAAUUGCACAAGGUUCCCAAUUGGACAGCCAUUCCCUCGCAGGGCAAAUUCCUGAUGCUACAGUGCCGCAUGCUAGCAGUGCAGCAUGUCCUCGAGGUAGGCACAUUUGGCGGGCACAGCGCUAUCUGGUGUGCCGCAGCACAUGAAAAUAUCAAAGUCACGACGAUCGAGAUGGACAAGCACCUCGCGGAGAUAGCACAGCAGAAUCUCCUGGCUGCUGGACUCCUGGAUCGAGUCGAACUCAUUGUCGGCAGGGCUCAGGAUGUGCUGCCUAAGCUAGGGGCGGACAUACAGGCUGGGAAGAGGCAGCCUUUCGGGCUUUUCAGUGUUGAUCUGGACACCAUGGAGCAAACCUGGGAGGUCCUCGACAUUGGCCUUGCUCUCUGUCUUGGUCGCGCGUGCAUCGUGGCUCAUUGUGCAGUCCGACUCUGCGACCCCUUGAUCCCUACGGCUGACGAACACGUAGCAAGGGUCCGUGGAAGCCGCGAACUUAUUGAGAGGGUCGGAGCGGACCCAAGGCUAGAUGCUGUCCUACUGAUGACUGUCGGAGAGCAAUAUUAUGAUAUGGUGAUUGCCGCUGUCAGGUAAUUCUUUGCGAUUGCGAUAUCGAUAGGGAAAUCAGAAAAGGUGGUGGUGGAAGUGGAGGCAAUAUGCACGUGGUGUAGAUGAUCGAUGAAGUGUGUCAUGGACAGAUUCUCACCAAGGGGGUGGGGGUGCCUAAAUUACCCAGGUUCUCUAUCGUAUAUCUAGGCUAACUAGCUUUACUCUGAUAGUCCACUAGCAACUUAGAGAAGUAUAG